AGAAACCUGUUUGGGAAGCUGUAGCACUUUGCAUUCAUUACUUACAGGGCAUCAGACAAGUGCUUGGUGCCUUGCCAGGGCCCAGCCCUUGGUGGUUGUGGAAGGGCUGAGCAGGGCAGCUCAAGUGCUGGGAAAAAUGUCCCUGCCCAAGCAGCUCGCUCUGAAUCAGCUCACCUGGCCCUGACACGCAGUGCUGGGCACUCCGUUCUCCUGGCUACGAUCUGUUGAUGCUUCUCUGCGUUCCUUGCAGUUGGCAGUGCUUCCGUGCUGUGCUGCUCCCCAUGGCUCUGCUCUGUGCUGCCUUUCAGCCAAGCAGCUGCCUCUCUUUGCCAUUUUGGUCUCACAGAUUUCAGGAGAUGGAGGCUUUAUCUAGAGAAACCUCAGGGGUGUUGUCUGCCCUGCGUGUCUCCCGUUCUGUGCUUUGUGGCCCCCUAUGGCAGCAGUGCUGGUCUUGGUCAGCUCUGUGUUUUCACGUCCCUCUGUUUUGGCUUUGUUUUGCACUGCUCCACUUCUGCAGAAACCCGCAGAGGUGGUUAUGUGGUUGGACACGUCCAAGCUCAGCCAGGAGCCUGUGAGCAAGCGGACAAGAAGCCAGAUGGGCAGGUUGUGAAAGGAGGAACCGAGACUGAUGCACAGGGGCCGAGUUGCCUCUGGCCAGCUGCAAAUGAAUGACACUGGUCCUCCCAGCCCGUGACUCACACGAGCCACAGUGCAGGAGCUGCAGCCUUCAGCCCUGAGACACAGAGGGCUGAGCGCUGAGGCCCCAGGUGUCUUCCCCACUCCCCUUCCAUGCGGCUUUUUCAGUGAGUGCAGCAGCCCUCGGUGUCUGGCGCCCAGGAGGAUGUGCUGCCUUGCAUCCCCGGCUUGCCGAAAGCAGGGCUCAGGGAGAGGCUUUGUCUGCAGGGCCUCCCCGCCGCUCCCCGGACUGCUCGGUGCCUUUAGACUCAUCCAGAGAGGAGACAUCUAUGGGGACAGGCAGGCUGCGCUCGGCCAGCCUCAUCCUGCUGUCCUUGUGCCUGGCAGGGAGGAGCAGCAGCUUGACUGGAUGGGUGUUCACAGAGCCCUGGCUCCAUGCUAGCGCUGGAGAUUCCGUCCUGCUGCGCUGCCUCUUCCAAGACCCAGAGGCCACGGGCUGGACGGUGACCAAAGUGGACUGGCUGCGUGUGCCAGUGGCUGGCAAACAGAAGGAGGAGAUGGUAUUUUAUUACUACAGCAACUCUAGUGUCCCUGUGGGCCGUUUCCAAGACCGGGUGCGGUGGCAGGGGGACGUCUCGUGCUGGGAUGGCUCUAUCCAGCUGCAGGACGUGCAGGUGAAUGACAGUGGCAGGUACACGUGUGAGAUCCGUCUGUUUCAGCACGGCAGCAUCUUCAAGAACCACACGAUGCUGCGUGUCAGCCCUGCAACACAGAGAGAUAGAGGAGCAGAAAGUGCUCAAGUCCAGGGGCGCACUGGAGUUUGGGCUGUGACCGUGUGCUGCAGCGCCGUGGCCGUGGUGCUGGCUUUCCUGGCAGGACUCAACCUGAGGAAGAGGUCUGCAGCCACCACGGCCCUGGAGAGAGCCAGAAAUGAUGGCAGCAAGGACAAAGCCAAGGAAGGGCUUUACUCUUCGAUCCCUGAAGCUGAGGUGCCUAAGGCUGAUCAGGAUGCAGGGAAGAAGAGGAGAGCUGAGGAGACCUACAUCACCAUGCAUCCCUCCAUCCUCCAUGAGAAUGGCAUCUAUGUGGAGCUGGCCAGGGGGGUGAUCCCAGCAGAGUGGAUGGCAGAAGGCAGACGGGAUGGUGGGCACAGCGAGCAGCCCUACAGCCAACCCCAGCAGGAACUUCCUCAUGUCCCAGAGAGGGGGAAAUAGCCACACUGGGGCUGUAAACCCCUUAGCCAGCAGCUACAUGCAAGACUUCUUUGCUCCUUCGGCUAGUCCCUGUUAAGCUGCUGUCAGCCCUUCACUGAUAUCUCCAUCCUGAACUGCUGCUGGGACAUGGCUUACCUGGCAUCUGCAAGGUGACCUGGGGAGGUGUCCCCUUUGGGUCCCUUCUCCCUGGUCCUCAGAAAGGGAUGCAGAGGGCAUAGUCCCCACUUCCCAGCACUUUUUCCCCCGACCAGCUCCAGGACUGGAAAUAAUGAGGAGAGCCUGG